AUGUUUAAAGAACUAGAAAUUGUGACUAAGAGGGAACGUUAAAAUUCUCAUUUAGAACAGCAGAGAAAAAAAUUCAAAUUUGCUGGCAAUAGCAUAUUAUUGGAUAAUAACUUUUCGUCUUAUGAAUUCACGAAGGGAUUAAAAAAUGAAAGUAAUUCAAAAAUAAUAUUUUUAGAUGAUAGAACCGAUCAUUCAAGUUUCUUAGAAUAAAUGGGUUAUCAAGUAGAUUCAUUUAAUUAAGAAUUACAUAUUAAGAAUAGAAAAUGCUCAAUAUCAAUAAAUUAAAAAAAAGAUCAAAGAUUAUCCAGUCGUCAAUCAAACAGCAAUUCAAUUGCAACAAGAAAUUAAACAAUGGAAAUUAACAAUUAUAACUCAAAUGUGAAAACCCAAAGAACUAAUAUUUACAAUCAUAGUAUAAUAAGAAAAACAUUUUGCUAUGAUAAUUCUGAUCAAGAAAUCUACAGUGAUUAUUCUUAAAAGUUCUUAAGUGAGAAUACACCAGAAGCAUUUAAUACUCUUAGAUCUUCUGAAUAAAAAAUUUCAACAAAAAGUAUAACCACUUUGAUUAAGUCCAAAUUUAAAAGAAUAAGAAAAUGUUUUUAAAUAAUAAAAGCCUUAUCCAGAAUGAAGAAUUUAUGCAAGUAUAAAUUGUUUCUAAAUAAGAUAAAAAAAGGCAACCUGGGAUUUAUUAUAAGAGAUAUUAAAAAAAAAUUAGAAAAGUCUUAAAUAUAACGAAAGCAUUACAGUUAUUAAAAUUAAAUAAUGGACUUAGAUGGUGUUUUCAAAAGCAUUUUCAAUAAUCCUUCAAAAAAAGUUGGAAAAAUGCAAAUUAAAUUUUAUUGUAUUUUUUAUCUAUUAUUAAUCUAGGAUAAACCUGAAAUUAUGUCAUAAAUAGAAAAAGAUUAAGCUAUUCUUACAAUAACCAAUACAUUUACUUUUGCUAUGUAAAAUUUAGUUAUAAUGUCAUCUAACUCUAAUUUAUUAAAUGAAUUAUAAGUUUAAAUGUAUCAAGAACAAUUUUUAGAUUAUAGAAAAACAUUUAGUUAAUUUGUUAGUCAAAGAGUAAGAUAUGUAACUAAAGAUCAUUUGUAAUUAACUGAGUAAGAAAAAUAACUAAUCUUAUCUGAAUGUAUCAUUAUCAAUAAUUUGAUUCCAAGUUUAGUCAAAUUAACAGAGAGCUUGGAAAUAUUGAGAUGUGAUAAACCAAACAUAGAAUUCUUGAUAAGAUGUUUAAUUUCCUUAAUUCAGUAUUUUUUUAUGAAAAUUUUUUCUAAUUUUCCGAAAAUAGAAUUUUAGAAAUAAAAAAUAAAAUUUUCUUAAUAUUAAUUGGGUAGGAAAGAAUCAUCUAUGGUUUUAAUUAAUAACGAUUAAAUUAAGUCUGAAGAUUUAAUAUAUGGAACUUAUAAAGAAUAGUAAUUAAAGGAAAUUUUAACUAAAAAUAAUUGGCUAGAAGGAAAUGCAAAAAAAAUGAAAAUUGUAGUUGCAAAUUUAAUCACAUCCUUUUGA